CGACCUUGAAUGUUUUGUUGUGAUCAAAACCUUUAGUAAGCAGAGGUUAUAGUUGUCACGAGGGCUACAUGGAGAACAACAUGGAUGAGUCUGACUGUGAAUCUGUUGGUUCUAAAGAAGGUGGUAGUGAAAGUGAGAAUGUGGAAGAAAAUAAUGAAGUUAGCGAAACUGAUGGAAAUAGUGAUAACAAAGAAUUAGAGAAUGAAGAUGAAAUUUCAUUGAAGGAAACUGUGGAUGAUGCAAAUGACAACCAGGCUGAAAAACAAACUUUUAAAGAUUUAGGUGUUAUAGAUGUUCUAUGUGAAGCAUGUGAAAAGCUUAAAUGGUCAGAGCCUACUAAAAUUCAAAAAGAAGCUAUUCCAUUAGCCCUUGCUGGUCGAGAUGUUAUUGGUUUGGCUGAGACUGGAUCUGGUAAAACAGCAGCUUUUGCUUUACCUAUCUUACAGGCACUAUUAGAAAAUCCUCAGCGGUAUUUUGCAGUUAUUUUGACACCUACUAGAGAAUUGGCUUUUCAAAUUUCUGAACAGUUUGAAGCUCUUGGUUCUGGAAUUGGAGUGAAAACUGCUGUGAUUGUCGGUGGUAUGGAUAUGAUGUCUCAGGCUAUGAUGCUAGCUAAGAAACCUCAUAUACUAAUUGCUACACCUGGAAGGCUUGUUGAUCAUUUGGAAAAUACAAAAGGCUUUAAUCUGAAAUCUGUCAAAUAUCUGGUGAUGGAUGAAGCAGAUCGUAUUUUAAAUAUGGACUUUGAAAUUGAAGUAGAUAAAAUCCUUAGUGUUUUCCCAAGAGAAAGGCGUACUUUUUUGUUUUCAGCCACAAUGACAAAAAAAGUACAAAAGCUGCAAAGAGCCUGUUUGAGAAAUCCUGUCAAAGUUGAAGUAUCUACUAAGUACAAAACUGUAGAAAAACUUCAACAAUACUACAUAUUUAUUCCUAUGAGAUAUAAGGAUGUGUAUUUAGUAUAUCUGAUGAAUGAAAUGGCUGGAAAUUCUUUUAUGAUAUUUUGUGCCACGUGUAAUGGAACCAUGAAAACAGCUCUGAUGCUUCGAAACUUAGGAAUGUCUGCUAUUCCUUUAAAUGGACAAAUGUCUCAAAACAAACGUUUAGCUGCGUUAACCAAAUUUAGAGCAAAAUCAAGGACUGCAUUGAUUUCUACUGACGUUGCCAGCAGGGGUCUUGACAUUCCACAUGUUGACGUUGUCAUCAACCUAGACAUACCUACUCACAGUAAAGAUUAUAUUCAUCGUGUAGGUAGGACAGCUCGAGCUGGUAGAGCUGGUGUAGCUGUCACAUUUGUCACUCAGUAUGAUGUAGAACUUUACCAGAGAAUUGAACAUUUGAUUGGGAAAAAAUUACCAAAAUUUGAAACAAAGGAUGAAGAAGUAAUGGUACUAGAAGAGAGAGUUGGUGAAGCAAAACGGACAGCUGUGCAGCAAAUAAGAGAUUUGGAAGAUAUUAAAGGAAGAAAAAAGAGACGUCCAAAUGUUGAUAAGAGUUUUGAAGAUGAUACUGAAACAUCUUUAGGUAUCCGUAAGCGCAAGUUUGGAAAUAAGAAAAAUAAAAUGCAAAAAAAAUUUGGAAAAAGAAAAAAAUAGUUUUUAUUUUUUGUUUUA